AUGCCGCGGCGAAAAGGGAGUGAUGUGGUUCGAAAUCGCCAGUGUCUCACAGAAGAGGAAGCAAGAGGAGAAGGAGAAGCUAAUGUGGAGCAACAAGAACCACAGGUUCAAGAUCUGAAUCCGGAUCCGUCUAGUUAUUUUGGGAUGAAUCUUGCGGCGGCAUUGGCGGCGGAGCGUCAGAUGAGAGGUUCGGAGGAAACUGGCGGCAGUGAAAGAGCGACACCGUGGAGAGUUUCAUUAAUGAAACUGUUAGAGGAAACGGAAGGGAAUGUGUGCGCCGCGAAGAAGAUGAGAGGAGAAGGAAUUCGUGUUCUCAAGUAG